GCCCCUCCCAGCAGUUCUUCCCCCUCUGAGCAGUUGCUCUGUUUACAGAGAGCGGCGGCAGCGGCGCUCCCUUCGGAUCCCCCCCACACCCCUCUCAGAUCUGAAGUUUUGAGGCCCGGAUUCGAUCUCCAAUCCCUCCUACUAGGAUGGUUUGGCUUCUCGACGAUGUCUACGACACGAAACACCGGGCCUACAUGAUGCGCGAGAAGGAGAUGAAGCUUGAACCUUUGAAGAUUCGGUAUCACGGGGUCUCUGGUCCUGCCAUGCCUUACGAUGAGCGGUACACACCGUACAUCAAGCAGGCAGGACUACUCCCGUGGAUUCAGUUGGUCAACCGGUCCACGCCGAAUCUGAACGCUCCACUGGUGUCCGCUCUUGCUGAUCGGUGGAGGCCUGAGACGCAUAGUUUCCAUCUUCGGACUGGGGAUAUGACCGUGACGCUCGAGGAUGUCUCGUUGAUCACCGGUCUUGCUAUCGACGGGAUGCCUCUCUGUAUGAGCACCGAUUCUGAUGGGUGGCGCGAGCAGAUGAUUGCUCUUAUCGGUAUGGAUCCUACCGAGGCUGAGGCUGAUGUAGAGGAGGGAGAAGAGAAGAAGAAGAAGGAAAGGAAAGCAGCCGGAGCUGCUUUCACGUGGAUUCAAACUCACUUUGCGACGUGCCCUCCGGAUGCCACUGAUGACGUGAUCCAGACACAUGCUCGUGUCUACAUGUGGUAUGUUGUGUCGAGGACUUUGUUUCCUGACUCCACUGGCAAGAACGCUCCAUGGAUGUGGCUGAAGGCGUUGACCGUCUUCGAUAGCAAAUGGAGCUGGGGUUCAGCGACUCUUGCCUACUUGUACCGACAGCUGGACGAUGCGUGUUGCAGGAUCACAGAUAGUGCAGGCAUUGGUGGUAAUAUGCUUCUACUUUCUGUAUGGAGCUGGGAGCGUCUGCCUGUUGGACGCCCGAAGAGCGUCAGGUUUAAUCCUUGGUAUGAAGAUGAAGAUGACGAAUUACGGUGCCCCACUUGGGCUUACAAGUGGGAUGUGGUUUCCGAGAUGACGAACGAUGUCAAUCUCAUGUACCAGAAGUACAUUGCCGAGUUGGACACGAUUACGCCUGAGCAGGUGGAAUGGCAGCCAUAUGGCGCCGAUGACAGACUUGGGUACACCCCGGAGUUUACCAUCAACCCGAUGUGCUUGUAG